AUGUCUCCCAAGCUCCCCAUGCUGCCCGGCUUCACCGCCGUGAGCGACCAGGUCCUCGUCCGAGAAGCUCUUCCUGAGCAACCUCCCGCCGAUCAUCCCGAAGCUGUCGUCAUCUACGGCUGGGGCGAUGGACUUCCCAAGCACGUCUCCAAGUACGCUGAGGGCUACCGCGUGCUGUUCCCCUACUCGAAGCAGAUCAUCAUUCUGAGCCCCAUCUCAAAGGCCAUGUUUACCAGCCUCGACCAGCGGACAGAGGCCAUGGUUCCCGUCCUUGAGAACCUUGAGAAGCUCCUAGGAGAUCGAAAGUCGUCGGUUUUGAUUCACGCCAUGUCCAACACGGGCGCCAUCAGCUACGGAACCACCCUCAAGGCUUUCCAGGACAAGAACUCUUCCGCAUUCCCUCACCAGCUCCUCGUUCUCGACUCGACCCCCGGAAGCCCGUGGCUCUCUCGCCGGACCCUCGGAAACUGGUCCCGUGCCAUGAGUCUGGGCACUGCAAACUGGUUCCCCUGGCCUUUCGCUGUCACCCAAGCCCUCUGGGCCGGAGUCCUGCUCGUCAACGCCACGUAUCAGUGGAUCACAGGCACCGAACCCGCAGGUGCCUUUGCGCUGAGAGUCGUCGAUGAUGAGUCGUUUGAGACAAAGGAGGCCAAGAGACUGUACCUGUACAGCAAGGAGGACGACCUGAUUUCCUACGAGGACAUUGAAGCCUACGUCGCCGAAUCCAAGGAGCGAGGCUACGUGGUCCGAACUGAGCUCUUUGACGGAAGCGGUCACGUUGGACACAUGCGAAAGCACCCGGAACAGUACUGGAAGGCCAUUGAGGAUGCAUGGAAGUGGUCCAACGAUGAAAAGAACGGCGCAUAA